CGGAGCCCCCGACUUCAAAAUUCAAAAUUUUCCAAUGGCCACGUUCCUCUUUCGCCCCCCUUUUCACGGCCGCCUCCGCCCCCUCCGCCUCCUCCUCCUCCUCCCGCAGCCCAAACCCCUCCUCCUUCCCAGCAGAACCCUCCGCCUCCGCUCCCCCAGGCUCACCAUGGCCUCCUCGCCCCCUCCCCCUUCGUCCCCAUCCACCUCGACGCUCCCGCCGCCGGGUCGCUCCCCGCCGCCGCCCGAGUGGCCCUGCGCCCGCUGCACGCUCCGCAACCCGCUGAGCGCCGCCGCCUGCGCCGCGUGCGACGCCGCGCGCCCCGUGGACGUCGACGACGUGUCGCCGGGCCAUUCCGCCGUCGUCGCCUCUUCGUCGUCCCGCCCGCUCCCGCCGGCCCAGUGGUCCUGCGCCCGCUGCACGCUCCUCAACCCCGGGAGCUCCGCCGCCUGCGCCGUCUGCGGCGCCCCGCGCCCCGUGGUCGUUGACGACGGCGACGAGCUGGACUUCUCCGCCGUCGCCGGCGCCUCGUUCCUCCCGCUCCGUCGGGACCCGAGGAACAUAGGCCGCUCUUAUGCCGCGAUGAAGGUAGCUCGCGCGCCGUCGCCGGACACUGUCUGCGAGGGCGCCGGCUCGAACGAAAGGGAUAAGACUGCUGCCGAAAAAGGGUGCUCUAGGAAGAGAGGCCACGCAGCAAUAUCAGACAUCGUACACGAGGGCGACGGCUCGAACAAAAGGGGUGAGACGUCCACUGAAAAAGAGUGCUCAAGGAAGAGAGGCUGCGUGGCGUCACCAGACAUCGUCCAUGAGGACGCCGGCUCCAAUGAAAGGGAUGAGACAACCACCGAAAAAGGGUGCUCGAGGAAGAUAGGCCGCUUGACGUCGCCAGCCAUUGUCCACGAGGGUGGCGGCUCAAAUGAAAGGGAUGAGCCAACUGCCAAAAAAGUAAAUUCUGAGACUCAUUUGGAUAAGAAGACCAUCAAAGUCAUGACAUACAACGUAUGGUUUCGGGAGGAUUUGGAACUGACGAAAAGGAUGUAUGCUCUUGGAAAUCUUAUUCAGCACCACAACCCAGAUCUUAUAUGCUUCCAGGAGGUUACACCAAACAUAUAUAUGCUUCUCCAAAAAUCUGGCUGGUGGCAAGAAUACAAAUGCUCGCUGUCAGCUAGGAUGGCCAUGCAGAGACAAUAUUACUGCAUGCAGAUGAGCAAGUUGCCUGUGAAUUCUUUCGAAUGCAUCCCAUUUUCCAACUCAGUCAUGGAAAGGGAGCUGUGCGUGGCAGACAUCAACAUUGGAGGCGCUACCAAGUUGGUGUUGGCCACAAGCCACCUGGAGAGCCCCUGCGCGUGGAAUCAGAUGUACAGCAAGGAACGAGUAACUCAGGCGAAUGCAUCCAUGAGGAUAUUGGACAAGUUCUGCAACGUGAUAUUCUGCGGAGACAUGAACUGGGACGACAAAGGCGACGGGCCAUUCCCUCUCUCAGACGGCUGGGUCGAUGCCUGGGCCGAGCUCAAGCCAGGCGAGGACGGCUGGACGUACGACACGAGGGCCAACGGCAUGCUGGCAGGCAACCGCAAGCUGCAGAAGAGGCUGGACCGGUUCGUGUGCAAGCUGCCGGAUUUCGAGAUCGACACCAUCGAGAUGAUCGGGAAGGAGGCGAUACCUGGGAUAUCACACUACAAGGAGAAGACAGUCCGCAAGGUAGUCCAGAACAUUGAGUAUCCUGUGUUACCUAGUGACCACUUCGGGCUUGUUCUGAGCAUCACCCACGCUUCAUCAGGUUGAAAAGUAUGGUGUAAAAACGUUCCCUAGUAGUAGUAAGUGGUGGUGAAUUUUGUAGCCCAAUGGAAAGUAGUAUCUCUACCCCUGGUUGAGAAGAAAUAACUUGAGUUAGAGACUGUUUCUGUCUCCUACUGUUUACUUCAGUUACUGGGGAAACGUUCUCUCUU